CACGAUCAUUUGGGUAUACAAGUGCUUGUGACAAAGUCAAGAGAUUGCACGAGUGAAUAAAAUGUAGACAUUAUAUUACGAAUAUUAUUGUUAUUAUUACCACUAUUGUUGCUGAUUAACUUGAAACUUGUCAUAGUAUUUAUUCUGUAUUGGUGGAAUGAAUAAACGACCUAUUAACACCCUUAACCCCCUACUUUGCAUCUCAGUACGAAUAGAACACUAUGUGGAAUUACGCAUCACCGACAAGUAUGCUAUGCCUUUAUUUCAAUAUCGCUUUGAACAGCACCUCUCUAGUCCAUGGAAAGAGCCAAGAAAGCCGAUAAAAACUAAACUUAUCCUCACAUACACAUCAGUAAUUCUGAAGGAUACCUCAUGGUGGCCAUAUCGUGUUGUUCAUUCUAUUGACUAUAAAUCUAUACGAAAGUUUAUCACCUUUAAUCAAGAGAGUUUACGAUUUGCCAUCGGGAUAUAUGAUGAAGAUUUUGCUGAAAAACAAUAUGUUGUUAUGUCAACAAAAACAUUUUCUGAUAUAGAAAAAUUAAUUCAAUUAAUACAUUCCCAAUUACUGAUAUGUAGGUAUUCCUUAAAGCAAGAAUCUGAACAGUCAAAUAAAUCAGUAAUAUCAAAGUCAACCACCCAGAAGAACUUGACAAAUUUAUCAAAAUCACUUGAUAAAAUUCACUUAAUCGAUAAAAGUCAUGGUAUUAUAACGUCGAAUAGUGUACAUCCAGUCAAGUCAAGUGUGAAUGGUGAUGAAAGGCAAUUCAAUGAAAAAUUGGGGAACAACACAUACAAAACAUUGAAAUAUGAUAAUAACCGUCAUCAAGGUAGUUACCACGAUCCCCAACAAGAAGACCAUCACCCUUACUAUGGGUAUCGACAUGAAGAUAAGCACACAAGACAUAUUUACACUAAUCUAGAUAAUAUUUUCAUAGAUAAAAAAUGCUUUCAGUUAACCCAAGCACAUCCAAUAAUUGUAACCAUAGCAAUAAAGAAGAUAAAAGGCAAUUGAAAAAAACAAGGAAAAUGGAUGGAGAAGUUAGAAAACUUAGAAAUUGCAAUAAAAAUUGUCAAACAGAUUUCGAUGACUAUAGUUGUUCUUAUUAUUAUGAUGAAAAUGAUAAAAAGACAUGGGAAGUAGAUAUUAAGCACAUACGUUAUGAUCCUAUCCUGGGUAAUAUUCUAGAUAACAAUGGUUCAGUUUAUUUAUAUACAGCACACGAAAUUGUCUAAUAUGCACAGUAACUAUUCCUUUACAAGGUUUGAUUAUUAUUACUAUUAUUAUCAAUUAGAUUGAACAAAAAAUAUAUAUGGCUGGUUACAUUUUAUUUUUUUCUUUUAUUGGUAUAAGACAAAGUAACACAUAUAUAUUUAGAUUCUUAA